GCGCGUCGCUCAGUCAGUCCGUCGGGAAACGUGGCGGCGCUGCGUUCGUGCGGCGAGGAGUGGCUCAAGUUGUCAUCGUUCAUGUAGUUUUCUGUGAUAAGAAUUUACUGUGAAAUUAUAGUUUAGCAAACUAAUUUAUACAUUCACGAUGUCUGCGUCUGGAGAAUUUGCGAAUCCCUUACGCAAGUUCAAGCUGGUGUUCCUCGGAGAGCAAAGCGUGGGGAAGACGUCACUGAUCACUAGGUUCAUGUACGACAGCUUCGACAACACCUACCAGGCGACCAUCGGGAUAGACUUCCUGUCCAAGACCAUGUACCUGGAGGACCGCACGGUGCGGCUGCAGCUGUGGGACACUGCGGGUCAGGAGCGCUUCCGCUCACUCAUCCCGUCUUAUAUACGGGACUCCACAGUGGCCGUUGUGGUCUAUGAUAUCACAAACGCGAACUCGUUCCACCAGACCUCCAAGUGGAUCGACGACGUGCGCACGGAGCGAGGCUCUGACGUCAUCAUCAUGUUGGUGGGCAACAAGACGGACCUGUCGGACAAGCGGCAGGUCUCCACUGAAGACGGGGACCGGAAGGCCAAGGAGCUCAACGUCAUGUUCAUUGAGACUAGUGCGAAGGCCGGAUACAAUGUUAAACAGUUGUUCCGAAGGGUAGCGGCGGCGCUUCCCGGCAUGGACUCGGCGGAGAGCAAGCCUCCUGAAGACAUGCAAGAGGUGAUCCUGAGACAAGCCCCUGGAGAGAACAAGGAACCCGACGGAGGCUGCGCGUGCUAGAGCGAGACAGAGCGAUGGACGGUGCCCGCGGUAGAAAGAGACAGAAAGAAGGAGAGAUGGCGAUGGAAAAUGUGGCGUAUAGAAAGUGUCGGUCUGAGACCUCUACUGAAGUGCUUCGUGUGCUUUUGUUUGCAGAAUCCGCUGUCUACAUUCGAAAUAAUUUAAUUUAAUUAGGUGAUGCAUUGGUGUUGAUACUGCGAAUUAGUGAUCAUUUUACUGCUCCUUCUUGCAUUUGAUUUUUUAGAUGUUGUGAGUGCAAGUGAGACGCUAAUAAAACACUCGCCAUUUCGUUUUCUCGACUCCAAUGUAUCACCUUAUAUGACUUAUUGAGUGAGUCUCUAUAUUUUGUUUUGUAAUAGAACAAUGCGGCGGCCACGAAAGCACAUCACGGUAUGAUUCGGGAACAAAUCUUAACGCUCGCUUGUAAUGUAAGAGUAACCACUAACUAAUCAAUCCAGUGUUAAUCAUAAGGCCUAGCAUGGCGCACGGGAUAAGUGACAAGUGUUUAUGGUGCGCUCCCUCGCUAGGCCAUGCAAUGGGGGAGAGCUAGCUACGAAGCAAGGCUUAUGCACCCCAUGCUAGACCCACUGUAGUUGGUAAAAGAUAACCUUAAAACUUUGCUCACUUUAUUUUCAUUCAGGGUUCAUUGUACUUCGAAAUUGUGGUUAGUGGAGAUCUCAUUAGGGCUCACCUUUGUCUGUCCGACGUUAGUGUUGGGUGUUUUUAUGCACUGCGCUUUCGUAUUUUCCUGCAACUGAAUAUUCCCGUUGGCUGUUAUACUUUAUUUCACACAAAGCCACCACCUGACAGGAUCCCUGUUGUAUGCUAUUAAGAAUCACAAUGGCUUUGACACUGUGGAUCUUAAUUGUGAAAUGCGGUAUAGAGAUUAUUUAGUGCGAUAUGUGAUUAUUUCAGCAGUGUUGUUCCUUCGGGUCUGUUGAUGUAUAUAGCGAUGGACGCGGUCCCUUUUAAAAUUCAAAGUGGCGUCUGCCAACAACCAAUCAGAGAGCGCCAGUGGCGACGCCGACGUCUAGCAAUAAGUACUGAGGUCCCGCGAUCCUGUACAUUAGUAUUAUUUAUUUAUUUAGAGCUUAAGAAAUGAUAACUAUCACAAUGUGACUUGCGUCGAUACGUCUUACAUUUAUUCAUAAUUAUUGUUGACUAAACUGAAGACUUUAAGCUUGAUAAAUAUGAUAUAGUGUUGAUGCAAGUGAUUUUGUGACAUAAAUGUUAUUUAAGCGGAAUAUUUUAGUGAGAUUGAUCACUGACCUUGAGCUUUUUAUAUUUACACACCGACUGACACCCUGUAUAACGCUGAAUACUUUAGAAACGUGUCAUUCCAAUAUUUGUGAAUAUAUUUUUAUUUAUAUCGAUUUUCUAUCAAGAUUUUGGGCAAUAUUUUAAUUUUUUAAUAAUAAGUAAUUUGGCCUUCGAUUUUCCUAAAAAAUGCUUGUAAUAUAUCUUUGUAUGUAAUUUUGAGAUUGGGUGAAUCAAUUAAUAUGUAACUUUUAAAGUAAAUAAUGUUUUAUUUUGCUACAAACAAGCGUAUGUUUUCCAUAGACAAGGCUAUUCUAUAUUGCACCUACUUGAUAAGCACAGAGUUUACUUGCUUUUACAACAUAUCCUUAAUAUAUAAUUGAACUGCCAGACUUAAAUUAUAAUUAUGAUGCAACAAUAUACAUAUUUCUUAUGGUUGUAAAUUUGAAAAAUGACUUGUAAAGAUAAUAAUUUAUACUUAUUGAUAUUAUAGCCUUGUGUGUGCAAUAUUAAGAAUAUCGUAAGUUGCGCACGCUUCGCAUUUGACCCAGUGUUUUAUGCCUUAAAUAAAUGAUGGAGGCUUAAACCUUUGUGUCCAGGAUAAUGUCAACUCUAUGUUUAUUUACUUAAGGCAUAAACUCGUGUGAGCGUCUGCAACUAGGUCUUGUAAAUACUUGUACCUCACGCUAGUUAUAUUUUUAAUAAAACCUUUAAAACUA